CUAUAGUUGCUGUAAAAGUAAUUCCAUUCCGGAUUUUAAUGCAAUACAAUAAUUAUUGAGAAUACUUUGAUUUUUUUAUAUUUUGUUAAUAAACUGGUCUUAUAUUUUCUAGGACCAUUUAUCUAAAUAAAUUAUUUCUCGUAAUUUUGUAGAGAAAUCGUAUAGUGUAAUCGUCUAUAAAAAUGGAUUAUCUAUAUUCAAUUGGUGAAUCAAAACCAUUAUUCAAAAAACAUAAUAAAUUUUUGAAAUGGAACCAAAAACUGUUCAAGUGGCCUUUUAACGUAAUUUUGUAUGGCAUAAUGUUACUGGGUGUUGUUUAUAUUAUCUUGUACAUUUUUACUAACGAUGACAUACAAUCAAAAUUCAGUGAUACUCCAAAAGUACUAUUACAGAAAAAACAUCCAUUACAUAUAACGAGUAUUGCAACCACAAAUGAUGAUUUCUUAAAGAAAUGUGCUCCUAUAGUGCAAUGUGAUAUAAAUACCAAAUACAGAAGUAUAAACGGAUCUUGUAAUAAUUUGAAGACAAAUACGUGGGGUGCAGCAAAAACGCCAUUUUCUCGGUUACUUGAUGCUGAUUUUAGCGAUGAUUAUUACGAAUUACGAGUACAGAAAAAUGGAAGUGCAUUACCCUACCCAAGAGUACUCGAUGUUAACAUAUUUCUAAACCGUGAAAUUUAUAGAGUCGAUGAAAAUAAUGUACUUUUAUUGCCAUUCGGGCAAUUAUUAGCUCAUGACAUAUCGGGUAUGCCCAAUGAUAUAAUUUCAGAUGAAAAUGGUGAUGCAAUAGAUUGUUGUUUGAUUGGAAUUAAUAUGGAAAAUUAUAGUCAAUGUCAAAUAGUCCUAUUCAGUUUAUCUGACGAUCCUGUUUAUGGUGUGCACAAUAAAAGUUGUACGCCUAUAUUCCGAUCGCUGACAUCAAGAAAUUAUAGUUGUCCGUUAUAUCCUACAGAAUUUAUCAAUGAAAAUUCUCAUUUUAUCGACGCGUCUGAAGUGUAUGGAUCCGACGACAAUUAUGCACUACAUCUUAGAGCCAUGGAGGGUGGAAGACUUAAGUAUUCCAUAAGCGACAAUGGUCAAGUGUUCUGUCCGUUUCUAACCAAUCAAAAUAAGGCAUCAAUCCGAAAUAAAAAUGACCAUCAUAUUAAAUACGAUACAGGGGAUCCAAACAACGGGAAUCAAAAUUUAGGAAUAACAGCAAUGCAGACUUUAUUUUUAAGAUUUCAUAAUUAUAUCGCUUUUAAGCUUUCGUCUUUAAAUCCAUUUUGGUCUGAUGAAAUUAUUUAUCAAGAGUCACGAAGAAUUGUCAUCGCAGCUAUUCAACGUAUAGCGUAUGAAGAUUUCUUACCGAUUAUUAUUGGGAAUGAUUUUCAAGAAAUGUAUGGAUUAAAUGAAGCAAAUAUCUACGAUCCUACCAUAAAUCCAUCUACAUCCCUCGAAUUCUCAAGUGCCGCAAGUCGAGUUCUUCACGCUAUUAUACCAGUUGAGUUCAAUUUUAUGAACAAAAACUACGAAAUAGAAAAUUCAGUAAAAAUUACGGAUUGGAUGACUAAAUCAGACCUCAUACCUCUAGGCGAUAAUUUUGACAAACUGUUAAAAGGUUUUAUAGAGACUCCUGGUCGAAUGGUUCAACCUUCAUUUAAUUUUUAUAUAUCUAAUUAUAUGAUUCCUCUGCCAAACAACCCUCCAUACAAUGGUCGUGAUCUACUUGCAAUCGAUAUUGCAAGGGGCCGUGAUGUGGGUCUCCAACCAUACAAUAAAGUCAGACAUUUUUGUGGGUAUCCGUUGGCUAAACAUUUUGAAGACUUGGCGGAUCUUAUACAUAUAAAAGACAUUAUCAAAUUAAAAAACAAUUAUUAUUCGGUUGAUGAUAUCGACUUAAUGGUGGGAAUUCUAUUAGAAAAACACAGUGAUGGUGCAAUUGUGGGUCCAACAGCGAGGUGUUUAAUUGCCGACGGUUUUUAUCGAUACAAAGCUGGUGAUCGAUUUUUCUACGAUGUACAAGGGCAGCCUGGUAGCUUCACAGAAGAUCAAUUGAAAGUGAUAAAGAAAAUUACUCUUGGUCAUGUUAUAUGUGCAACUUCAAACGUAGACCUUGUCCAAAAAGAUAUUUUUAAGACAAUCGAUCACAAUUUAUUUCCAAGCAUCAAAUUGAAAUGUGAUGAAGAGUUCAAUUUAAACUUUGAAGUCUGGGAAAAAGUAAACGAUUCUCCAGAGUUGUGAAUUAAUUUUAGCUGAUUAAUAUUUAUUGUUCAUUAUAUAAUGUAAUACAAUUUACUAUUUUAACUGUUAAGUCUAUUAGAAUUUACUCAGUUUGGAUAUGUAAGUAGGUAUUACUUACCUAACUGUAGUAUUUCAAUUGUCAUUGAUAUUUAGUUAUAUAUAAACUAUGAAUACAUAAAUGUAUGAUUCCUAGUGGUUAAUUUAAUAAAGUACUUCCAAUUUUUAUUA